CGGGCUUGUCCUCUGUCCCCUCUGCACGUCCCUGUCAUUCUUCUGAUUAUUGAAAGGGCCCUAGAAAAAUAAUACCGUAGCCACGAUGUCACUGUUUGGGCCAGGUGAUGCCUGCCGAAGUUACAGGGGCUUGUGAAGAGGUGCAUGACGCGUGAGUGAAUCCAGGACCACAGGACGAUUCAGAUUCCAUCCUCAGUUAGAUGAUUUCUCCCUGGGAAGCGAGUGCAGAACGAUUGUCCAUGUGCAGGCUGUGUCCAUGGCCUGGCGAGACCCCUCACAUGACCCUGUGCCGUGACAGGACCUGCUGACCUUCGCCGACGUGGCUGUGAGCUUCACUGGGGAGGAGUGGCGGCUCCUGGCCCCCGCCCAGAAGGCCCUGUACCGGGAGGUGAUGCAGGAGACCUACAGCCACCUGGUGUCCCUGGGUCCUGGCUCCCGGGAGCAAGAGCAUCCAGGGAAGGAGGAAGAACCCCGGGCCUGGGGGUCAGCCUCUGAGCGAAGCCUGAGAGCUGGGGCGCAGGUGGAACGGACCCAGAGGACGCGCCGGGAGCAGCUGGCGUGGUGGGUCCCAGGCUGGACGUGAUGGAGGCGCAGGACCCGCUGACCUUCGCUGACGUGGCCGUGCGCUUCACCCGGGAGGAGUGGCGCCUCCUGGCCCCCGCCCAGAAGGCCCUGUACUGGGAGGUGAUGCAGGAGACCUACAGCCACCUGGUGUCCCUGGGUGUCCGAGCCCACCCACCAGAAUGGCUCUGCCAGUUGGGAGGAGGAGAACAUCCAUGGACGAUGGACAGCGAAAUGCACUGUGACUUCCUCUCAGGAACCUUAGAAACUGAAGCUUAUGCGCAGGCACCAUUACCAAAGGGGAGCGCGGAGAGCAGCCUGGGACUGGGCCGUGAGCACAGCGCGGGGGCAGGUACUGCACAGCCCAGCUCUGAUCACCCCGCUUCAGGGGAGCAUCUCGGCCUGCUCGGCUCACACAGGACAGGCGUGGGCUCAGGUUUCACCUCAGUUACUCAGAGCAGCAGUGGUAAUGUGAAGAGCGCCACUGAGCCCACAGGAGACGGGGACUCCUUCCUCCAUGCUCCCCAGGGACGGUGUCAGCCCCAAACGAAACUCCCUGAAAAUCAAAAACUUAUAUCUAAGUCACAAUUCGUCAAUCCUCAGAACACUCGAAAAACCAAGAAGCCUCUUGUGUGCAGGGAGUGUGGGAGAGCCUUCUUCAGAGAGUUCCUUUUCACCAUACACCAGAGGACACACACCGGGGAGAAGCCUUACGAGUGUACUGACUGCGGCAAAGCCUAUAUCCGAAAGUCUCUGCUCAGUGCCCAUCAGAAAACGCAUACAGGAGAGAAACGCUUUGAGUGCAGCGUUUGCUGGAAAACCUUCGUCUACAAGGGCAGCUACACGGUGCACAUGCGGUCGCACUCGGGAGCGAAGCCUUUCGUGUGUGGCGUUUGUGGGCGGGGCUUCCUCUACAAGGGUAGCUGCAGGGUGCACAUGUGGGGCCACACGGGGGAGAAGCCUUUCCUCUGCGGCUGCUGUGGGAAAGGCUUCAUGUCCAAGGGGAACUGUAAGGUGCACAUGCGGAUCCACGCAGGCAAGAGGCCGUUCAUGUGCAGUCAGUGUGGGAAGCGCUUCAUCACACGGCCAGACCUCAUCGCGCACCAGCAGAAUAACGGAGGCGAGAAGCCACACGUGUGCAGCGAAUGUGGAAAAACCUUCUGCGUGAAAAACGACUUCGUCAGCCAUCAAGUCAGUCACAAAAGCAAGAGACCCUACACCUGCAGUGAAUGUGGGAAAACUUUUGUCCUCAUGUCUUGGCUCCUGAAGCAUAAGAGAGUGCACAGCAGAGAGAAAGGCGGGCACCCUGGCAAGCUGGGCAGCCCUCCCGCGGCACAGCAUGGCCCAGCGCAGGCCCGCGGCGCCCUGGCAAAGAACACCCUCGUCAACGCCGUCACUGUGCCCGUGUCCUCUGUCAUCCCCGUGACCGUGCCUGUGUCUUCUGUGGCCCCCGGGCCUUCAUUUCACAUCCCGGGGCUCCUGGCAGACAGGGGUGUGGUCCUCGUGGGCCAGCCUGUGGCCAGAGUGGCCCCCUCAGGACUCCACAGUGGCUUGGCACAGGGCGGGAGCCUUAAGAGCGCGGUGAACGUAGUCGUGCCUUCCGCAGUCAACUACGUCUUACUUUAUGUUCCCGGAAGCCAGUAGAUGGGCAGAGGUCUGCUGAGAUCUGUGGAUACGUGCUCACCCAGCUUCCUCGCUCAUGUUCAUCCAGGAAGUGUCACCUCGGAGGGACGUGUGCAGGCGCCAUCCGGCAGAGUCGGUUCUCUCUUUUGAAUUGUGUGUUGGUGCCCAGAUUACUUUGCUGUUAACGCAGAUGUGCAUCAUUCGCUCCACUGUACCAGUCAAAUGAAUAAAGGGUCUGGGCUUU